AUGAUGGUGUCAACGACGAAGCAGGUAUAUUUGGCAACGCAAAUCGCCACAGAACCGCAGCUCUUCGAGCAAGUCUUUGCUUCCAGACGCGACAAGCUUUAUCUGAAUCCUGCUCAGGAAGAUUACAUGGAGGAGGAGAUCGACAGAGCACGAGACGCCAGCAUGCAGGGCACCAAGCAACAUAUCAGCGGGGAUGAAAGCAAGGGUGGACCCAAAGCUCCAGACAGUUUAUUUCAGCCCAGCGAAGGCAACGUGUUCGAUGAGAAUCGCACUAUCGAGAAGCUUCCAAACUUGACCGUUGACAAUAUCAGUCUCAGGAAGAGAAAUCUCGUCCACAAGCUGACAGUCAAUGAAGGACUUGGACUUAAUGGACUUGACCACAGAAGAGUGUCAAAUUCCCCGGUGCAGUCUGAGCAAGCUUUAGAAACGGUCACCACGCUCUAUCACUCCAUCACAUAUCAGACAUGGACGUCGACGUUCUACAAAUUCAACCUUCUGGCAGACGGGAAAAACAAUGAGGAGAACGUUCGUGUUCGCGCAAAUGGCGCAGUCGUCGGCGGAGUUCCUCUGCGCAAACGAGUAUAG